AUGGUUUUUAUGCUAACCCCAAUCGGUAGGGCGUCAAUGAUUAGAUCAUUAGCCUCACAAAGAUUGUAUUUUACAAAUAACCUCAUAAGAUCACAAAGAAAUAUAUUAAAGAGUUCGUUUUGGAGUCCUAAUAUUGUAUUAAGGAAACAUGAAAUAACUAAGUCGAGCAUAAUUAACCAAUUGCUAGCAAGAAGAACGUUCUCUACGAAAGCAACUAGUUUCGCAAAAUGGAAUUCAAAUGAGAAUACUGCAAGUCGUUAUUUGCGUUUAAAUAGAUUUCAACAGUUUCAGCACUUACAAGGUAAUAAUAAUUCAUUGGGGAAAGUAACAUUAACGGCCGUUGCAUUGAUGACAGGUAUAUUUUUCCUUUCACCCUAUAUAUUCGAAUAUGUCCCACCUUUUACUCAUUUCAAAAAGAACCCCACUCAUUUAAUAUAUACAUUAUUGGGUAUUAAUGCCGUUGUUUUUAUGAUGUGGCAGUCACCUAAGUCAUGGAGAUUUUUGCAAAGAUAUAUGCUACUUGAGAAGAGUAAUAUCUACAGCAAAUGGUCCUUGAUCGGCAGUGCCUUUUCUCAUCAAGAAUUUUGGCACUUGGGUAUGAACAUGCUUGCACUGUGGUCUUUUGGUACGUCCUUAGCCACUAUGUUAGGUGUUUCAAACUUUUUUUCUUUAUAUAUGAAUAGUGCAAUUGUGGGAUCUUUAUUUUCUCUAUGGUAUCCAAAAAUUGCUAGAAUUGCUAUGAUUGGCCCUAGUCUAGGUGCCAGUGGCGCCCUAUUUGGUGUAUUUGGUUGUUUUGCUUAUUUAUUCCCUAAAGCAAAACUAUUAUUAUUUUUCUUCCCGAUUCCAGGUGGAGCAUGGGUUGCAUUCUUAGGAGCAGUCGGUUGGAAUCUAGCCGGAUGUGUUUUGAGAUGGGGAUCCUUUGAUUAUGCUGCACAUUUAGGAGGUUCAGCGAUCGGUGUGUUCUAUGGCUGGUACAUUAGCAAGAUUGCUAGACAACAAAGGGAUAGGAGAUUACACCAACAAACAGGUAGAUGGUUUUAA